GCUACAAGCACAAUGUUGUAUUCAUCAAUCUUCCCCUCCCGCUCCCUUGCUCUCUUACUCUGCAUCAUCUUUCCCUUCUACCUCGCCCUCCGUGGGUCUGGCUCGUUGUCUGACGUUGCACUUUUUCUCUCUAAGCUCUCCUUACGCGCUGAAGCCCUUCACGUUGCGCUCAACGCCCCCCUAGACAUUUCUCCACCAUCCAUUUCCAAACCACCCGUCGGAGCUUCUGCGAGGCCCACCAAGGUCGUUCGCGCAUCUGAAGGAGAGAAGAAGCUCCCUGAAGACCUGGCGCACGCCAUCAACUCCUUCGAGCAGUAUUCGUCUCUCGCCCAGGGAGUGUUACACCGGAAAUAUGCGCGGUACGACCGGCAGACGCCCUCACAGAAGUUGAUGAGCAACAAGCUCGGGUAUCCUGAGCACUUUGAGAAAGCCACCGAAGGAAUUAACGUGAACGCCCGUCUCUCAGAGCAGAUUGCACAGAUUUCGAGGAAGCACUAUCAAACCGGCCCAGGAGCGCUGACGCACGAAGACGAUGCCGAUUUUGGUCUUGUGGACCUGACUUUUGGGCAUCUUUCACGAGACUGGAGCUCACAUGGUGUCACGGAGAGGCUGGCUACUUUUCCACCCGUCUUGGCUGGGCUUGAGCAACAUUUUGGCGAAAAUAGAAAGGGGAAGAGGGUUCUUGUCCCCGGAUGCGGUAUGGGUAGACUGGCGAGCGAUAUUGCUGAUGUCGGGUAUGAUGUGACGGCCAACGACCUAGACUUCAGCUCAAUCUUGGCUCAUCACCUUCUUACAAAUCAUACGACCUCGCUCCACCAGCAUACUAUUCAUCCCUUUGUGACCAAGUGGACUCAUCAGUCCAACCCCUCCUCGCGCUAUACGGCCCUGACGGUGCCAGAUCACAUGCCAAACAAGGCUGUCAAAUUUGUCGAGGGCGACUUCUUGGAGAUGUUCCCCGAGGACGGUCAGUUCGACGCCGUUGUCACAUUAUUCUUCAUCGACAUUGGAAACAACAUAAUUGACUUCCUGAGCAACAUCCACCGGCUACUGAAGCCUGGUGGUACUUGGAUUAACCUUGGACCGCUUAAAUAUGGCACCCACACCGCUCUUCAACUCUCGGCCGAGGAAGUGCUUCAUCUAGCGGAUGUGAUUGGAUUCGACGUAGACCUUUCGUCGCGGAAGAGUAUUGACAGCCUUUACGCCCAACAGCCAGAAUCGUUGCUCAAGUUUACGUAUGUCACGCAAUUCUGGACAGCGACGAAGAGAGUGUGAAAGGGGUUUUUUUUUACUACAUCCAGUUUUUGAGCUAGACGGAUGGUCGCGAAAGAUGUGUUUGGUACCUUAGGACAUAGGGCAGCAGGCCUGAAGAUGAUCCUGAGAGACUUCUCAAUUUGAUCAUACCUGUAGACACCAGAAUGCAUGUCAUAUCGAAUAUAACAG